AUGUCUGAUCGUGGAUCCUGUGUGUCGACACCCUCCGAGGAUGCGCAGAGCAGGCGAAUCGACAUCGCCCUGAGGGCCGACGAGCGGGCACGUAGACUCGAGGUCAAGUUGCUCCUUCUAGGUGCCGGAGAAGCAGGCAAGACCACUAUCAUUAAACAGAUGAAACUGAUGCACGCGUCAGGAUUCUCGCUUCCUGAGAGGGAAGCCUUCCGUGGAUUCGUCUUCUCCAACAUGGUCGGUGCCAUGCAGGCCAUCCUUGGUGCCAUGGAAGACCAUAACGUCGCCCUUGGCUAUCCUGAGAACCAGAAAUAUAUUCAAGUCUUUACGAUCACUCCAAGGAUCGCGAGCGGGGCACCCUACCCACCACAGUACCAACAAGCCCUCAAGGCUCUCUGGAACGAUCCAUCUGUGCAACAGGUCUACCAUCUCGGCCACACCUAUGCCUUGGCAGACAAUGUCAAAUAUUUCUUCGACUCUGUAGAUCGCUUAUAUAAACCUGAUUAUAUGCCAGAUGAUGCCGACAUUUUGCGGUGUCGAGUCAAGUCAACGGGUAUCACAGAGACGACAUUCCAUCUUGGAUCGUUGACCUAUAGGAUGUUUGAUGUCGGUGGACAGAGAUCAGAACGUAAGAAAUGGAUCCACUGCUUCGAAGGUGUCACCGCAGUGCUGUUCCUGGUCGCCAUCAGCGGGUACGAUCAAUGCCUCGUGGAGGACAAAGACGCUAAUCAAAUGGAGGAAGCCAUGAUGUUGUUUGACCAGAUCUGCAAUUCGCAAUGGUUUGUGGACACGUCUAUUAUCUUGUUCAUGAACAAGACAGACAUCUUUAGGCAAAAGAUCCAAUACUCCAGCAUAAAGGCCUACUUCCCAGACUACGAAGGCCCUGACAAUGACAUGGCUGAGGCCACCGAGUUCUUCCGCAAACGGUUCACGCGCCUUAACCGGAGUGAGCACAAGGAGGUCUACGUCCAUUAUACAGAUGCCACAGAUACCAACUUGCUGAGGAACAUCAUGGCGAGUGUUAAUGAUAUUAUUAUGGCACGGAACGUCAGAGCCUUGGCGCUUUAA